AUGGCCCGCGGAAAGUGGAACAGGCAGCCUUGCAAAGGCACUCCGGAAGAUGUCAGGCAGCAUGUGUCCAGUUGCAAGACAGCAGAUUGCGCGUGCCACUCUGCCGGGCAUCACCUGCCAUCCCUGCAAGAAAAGUGCCAGUUGAUCAGCCCCCAAGUGCUGGAGGCUUUAGGGGAAGCUCCCCCAGAGACUCUGGAGAAGGCGCAGGACUUGCUGGGCAAAUCCUGGCUGACCUACGAGUUUCAAGGCGAGCCUCAGCGCAUGCUGCUUGGGUGCAGUGUGUGCUCUGGCGACAAAGGAGUCCAGUUUACGACUCAGCAGGCUGCCGCUGCCAAUAAGCUGUCCAGGCAUGGCAGUGGACCGGAGCAUGUGCGGAACGUGUGCAAGUUAUUGGGUUACGAGGUUCCCGCCAAAGAAACAGCUGCAGUGCGAUGGCCUGGGGCGGAAGUCGUUCUCCAAGUCUUCAGACAGUUGCAGAGGGAUACCACGGACCGUUUUGUAGAAGGUGUGUCGGCCGAGAAGAAAACCAGUCGGAUCGAAUGGUGCAUCGUCGAAUCCGCGCGCAAGCGCUGGAGGGAAUCCCUGCGAAAUGCUGUGGCUAUUUGCUUGUUGAGAGACGAAAGACACAAGCGUGUUUUGCUUCGAUUCCGGGCGGUGGACAAGACCUUGCAGGUCACGAACGGGGUUCUGGGCCAACUAAAGGGCGACUACUCCAGCACCGCCUUCGGAUUGACCGCGGCGACUCUCAGGGUCAUCCGGGAAUUUGCGACGCCUGGUUUGGCUCGGCCUGGGAUGAAUGGGGAGGAGCUGGAGGUGGACGAGUCCCUUGUUCAACACAUUCGUGAGUGUGUGCUGUCCACCACGAUUGAUGCAGCUGGGAAUGAGGUGGCCGCUGUUCAAGACUCGGCAGCACCACUUGAAGUCCAUUGCCAGCACUUGGCCGAGGGAGAGACGCUGUUCCCAAACCACAAAUUGAUUGUGCGGGACCGCGCGCAUGGGACCAGACGGGUGCUGGAGCGGCCCUGGAGGGCCGACCCCUUUCUUGAUGCAGUCAUGACCUCCUUGAUCACUGGGUCCAGUAGUGUGACUCAGUUGAUUGAACACAGCUUCGAUUUCAAACAGUGGUUUGCAGACGCGUCCAAGGCCUCAGCAACACGAGCUGUGGCCACUCCAUUCCGCAAUCUGCGUGCGGCCUUGCAUCGUUACGAAUCAUUGGUGACACCUCUCAGCCGAUUCGUCCUGGAUGUUGAAGCCGUCCUGGCUGUGGCUACUCGUAUGGUAGGGGAGCGUGCUGGCACCCACGCAGCCUAUUGCGCUGAGGCAUUUCUGGAUGCAAUGGACAGCGAGGUGUUGCUGACAGCAGCACUCCUAGCAGAUGGGGGGGACGAAGCCCUACAGCUCAUUAGAUGGAUGGAUCAAGAGGAGAACGUUGUGGAUGCAGCCCGUGCAAACAUUCAGGUCAGAGCCUUGGGAGGUCCAACCGCUUGUCCAGUGCGGCUGCAGCAGGCUUGCCUGCGGAGGCUCCAAGUCUGGGCUGCGUUGGCAGAGGAAACGGUCAGGGCAGAAUUUCCGGAAUUCGAAGCCGUGGCGGCGAUGCGUGUGCUCAAUGUGUGUGAUCCCUGGCCUGCGCUCGAUAGCUUGUCUUCCUCGGACAGCGAGAACAUCCCUGCAGAUGCCUGCACAGAUUUGGAGCGCCUGGCUCAGUCGUUCGAUUGUAACUUUGCCGCCCUCAAAGCGGAAUGGAUGGACUUUCGUGGGAGAGCUCGCUGGCACGCUGUGAAGUCUGGCUGCACAAAUACCUGUGCGUGGAAGAAGGCUAUAGAGGAAUGCCAGGAGCAGAGUUGGGAGAGAAGAGAGACCGCCGCCCGACACCCCUGCGACUGUCUGAACGUGGUCCUUUGCGGCUAUGCCAGCACAUGCAUUUCCGACUCAGCCCUGGAGCGCUCCUUCUCCCAGGCAGCCGCCAAGAUUCCAGCCUCGGCGAGGCACCUUCACCCGCAGAAGGAAAGCCUGCGCAUGUCUUUCUUGGCUUUGAAAGAAGACGAUGUCCGUUCCAGCAUGGAACUGCUGGCCAAUCUCUGGAAGCAGCACUUUGGCUCCUGCCGCCAGGGUGCUUUCGAUCGCAUUGACCAAGGCCGUGCCAAACCUACCAAAGUUGCGACCAACGAUCGAGAGAGCUACAAAGAAUUUAUCAAGGCCCGCAGAAAGAAUGUGGCAGAAGUGGUGCAAUCAACUGCACCUGCAGAGUCCGCAAGUGUUCCCCAGGGUGAUGCGUGGCUGGAGUCCCACCAAAAGGAGCUAGAAUUCAAUCGAGACAAGCGCAAAAAAAGGAAGUUCGAGGCACUGUUUGCCGGAGCCCUACUGGAAGACGAGAUGGAUCUCACCUUCCUUGGUGAUGCUGCCGAGGUCAAGGCCACGAUGCAGAAGAAUCGUCGUGCCCGGCAACGCAAAGAGCAGCGACUGCAGUCGGACAUGACCGCUGGCAAAGUGCCGAGCAUGGCGGACAUGC